UGGGAGCUGACAGCGACUCUGUGGGAACGAACCCUGAAUACAGACUGACCUCUGAACCCAGCAAACGCUGAGCACGGUGUCAUGGACGUCGUGGACCCGUCUCCUCUGCGGCGGUUUGUCGUGGCAAAGCGAUCGAUCACCUCAAUCUUUGAUCAACUGCUGGACUUUGUGAAGGAUGGCUCCGCCUUCGUGGAUGAGGCAUGGCGGGGUGAUGACCUGGGUCAGGUGGCCGUGGAGGAGCAGAGUCUGGAGAUGCAGAGUUGUGCCACCAAACUGUCGACCAUCCGAGAGGUUCUGCUCAGGAGACACAUGAAGGUGGCUUUCUUUGGCAGGACCAGUAACGGGAAGAGUACCGUGAUCAAUGCCAUGCUGAGAGACCGAGUGCUGCCCACUGGCAUCGGUCACACCACCAACUGUUUCCUGAGAGUGGAAGGAACCGACGGAGAAGAGGCUUACCUCACCGCCGAGGCGUCCAAUGAGAGGAGGAGCGUCACGACGGUGAACCAGCUGGCUCAUGCUCUUCACAUGGAUCCGACUCUGGACUCUGGCAGUCUGGUCAAAGUGUUCUGGCCUAAAAGUCGCUGCGCUCUGCUGAGAGACGACCUGGUGCUCAUGGACAGCCCUGGCACUGAUGUCACUCUGGAGUUGGACAGCUGGAUCGAUAAGUUCUGUCUGGACGCCGACGUCUUCGUUCUGGUGGGAAACGCAGAGUCAACGCUCAUGAACACUGAGAAACUUUUCUUCCACAAAGUCAGCGAGAGAAUCUCUAAACCAAAUAUCUUCAUCCUCCACAACAGAUGGGACGCUUCAGUGAGCGAACCUGAGUACAUCGAGGAGGUGAGGAAGCAGCACCUGGACCGUUGCGUCAGUUUCCUGGCCGAGGAGCUGAAGGUGGUUGGCCUGGAGGAGGCUCCGGGGAGGAUCUUCUUUGUGUCGGCCAAAGAGGUUCUGAGCUCCAGGAUGCAGCGAGCGCAGGGAAUGCCUGAGACAGGUGGCGCUCUCGCUGAAGGAUUCCACGACAGACUGAGAGAGUUCCAGAUGUUUGAGAGGACGUUUGAGGAGUUCAUCUCUCAGUCUGCAGUGAAGACGAAGUUUGAGCAGCACACAGUCAGAGCGUGGCAGAUCACUGAAGCCAUUAAAGCUGUGAUGGACGCCAUCAACAUCACCUCUGCAGACAGGAAGAUCUUGUGCCUGGAGGAGCGGGAGGAUCAGAGGGACCGGCUGGAUUUUGUUCGAGGACAGAUUAACCGUCUGACCGACAACGUCAAAGAGAGGAUCAGGACUCUGACCGAUGAUGUCGCUGCCAAGGUUGCGGCGGCUCUGUCGGAUCAGAUCCGGUCACUUCCUGUUCUGGUGGACGAGUUCAGAGCCGAUUUCAACCCCACACAAGAAACUCUAGAGCUCUACAAAACUAGGCUGCUGCAGCACGUGGAGGAGAGGCUGGUCGGCUGUUUGGCUCAUCGCUGCUCCGUCGGCGUCCUCAGAGACAUCAGAGACGCUCAGAGACACAUGAUCGACAGCGUCCGUCCUCUGCUGUCUCUGUCCGUCCAGGAGCAGCUCUCCGCUCCCUCCGCCUCCUUCGAGUUGACCUACGACCUCGGCCUCGUCGCCCUCUGCGCAGAUUUCCGUGAAAACAUCGAGUUCCAGUUUUCUCUGGGCUGGACCGCCCUGGUCACCCGCUUCAUCGGAGCUGCCAACGCCAAGCGAGCGCUGAGCGGCCCUGACCCCCGACUGCAGGUACCAGAAACAUCCUUCACUUCUCUCUCUCUGCAGGAGAGCUCCACCUUCAAGGAUGAGAUGGUGGUUUCCAUAGCGACAGGUCUGGUCUCCGUCACCUCCCGGGCAUCCAUGACUGUGCUGGUGAUUGGUGGAGUGGUGUGGCGUUCCGUGGGCUGGCGUGUCAUCGCGCUCUCUGUCUCUCUGUACGGUCUCCUCUACCUGUAUGAGAAACUCACCUGGACCAACGCCAGCAGAGAGCGUGCUCUGAAGCAGCAGUUUGUGGAGCACGCUGCUCACCGCCUGAGGGCCGUCGUCCCACUCUGCAGCUCCGCCUGCAGCCACCAGGUGUACAAGGAGCUGUCGUCCACGUUCAGCCGUCUGACUCAGCGAGUGGACCUGAGUGAAGCUGAGCUGGAGGGAAACGUCCGACAGCUGAGCUUCAGGAUCCAGAGACUGGAGAACAUCCAGAGGAGGUCCAAGGCCUUCAGGAACAGAGCCACAGAGCUGGAGACGCAGCUGGAGGCCUUUUCUGUUCAGUACCUGCAGGGAAACUGAACGAGAACCGGA